AUGGCGUCACGACCGGUCUUCCUCCCACCGGCCCGGCCGUCAGAGCUACUCUCAUACAUCAUCAGCAGAGAGUCCUUCCCCACCACACUCAUCAUAUGCUCGCCGAAAGCAGAGUUCCUCGCAUCCCUGAUCUCAGAUGCUCGCCCUCAGCAAGAACAAGAGGACCAUGAACGCGGGCAGGAGAAUGCCGAACAGCUGGACCAGCAAGCAGCAGCAAGCCCGCAGCAACCUCCAGAAGCCGCUCAGCAACUCCUCCAGGCUCCCUUGUCCCAGGUCGCGAUAGCUCGCCACAUCCGCAUGGUGUUCAUCCCCACGGUCUCCCACCUGCGCGCCUUCCUGUCCGUCUUCGCGCCCGCCGACUCAAAGGUACCGCCGCCGCCGGCGCAGACAGACGUCCAGGGAGAGGCAUCGCGGCCGCGGGGACAAUCGCCCCUGCUGCUCGUCUACGGUUUCCUGGAGCUGCACCGGCACACGAGCGAGUGGAGCGCCCAGGGCCUCGGCCACACUGCCGCCGGGCUGGUCGAGGCCGCGAGACUGCACUCCUUCCAGCCGGUCAUUGUCGAGCCAAAGACCGAAGGGAGUCUGGCCUCGGACACGGUCCUGGGCGAACAGGUGCCGCUCCUAAGCGGCACGACAUUGCGAAUAGGCCCCGAUGUCGAAGGCGGAGGCUGGAGCGGGCGGACAGUAGAGGCGAAGCGUGUGCUGGGCCGCUGGUUUCGUUUUGAGGACAGGCAAUGGGCCAAGGAUCAAGAUAAAGCCUCAAACGAUGUAGAGUGA